AAGUGGUGUGAGGGGGAGGGGGGGACCGUAGUUCCCCAGGCCAUGGCGCCAUCGUGCCCCUGCGAUGCCCUCCGAGAAAGGCUCCGGACAGAAGUCGGCCACAUGCAGAGACCCCGCAGAGUCAAGGCUGUCAUACCGUCCGGGCUGGCAGUGACGUAGCUUACCUGCUCUCUCCUCCCCUCCUUCCGACUUCUUCUUUCCCUUCCGUUCUUAUGCUCUCCUCCCUGGACAUCUCUUCCUUCGUAACUCUAUCCCCCACUACUGUCUGAACAUUCUUCGGUGUGCGGACUUGCGAGGCUUGCACCAUUUCUACCAUCGUAUUAUAUACACUGUACAGCCUAUCCCACACGCCUUUUCUCCCUCUGGCUACACCGUCCGUCAUGGCGAAAUUCGUCUUUGCCAAUUCGUCACAAAAGGUCCCCGGAGAUGGCAUCCUCCCCGCCGAGUUCGUAAUCAAGGCAGGCCCGGAGACCGACGUCUGGGCGAAGCCUCCCUCCACGGAAUCGUUCAACGCCCCGAUCCUAUAUCGAAGUGUCCCCUUGGCUUCCUUCAAGCGAGUCCGAGUCGCCUUCAAUGCGCUGUGGCAGCAAAAAUACGAUCAGGGUGGUCUCAUCCUCGUUCUCAACGGGGCGGACGGGUCCCGUAAAUGGGUCAAGACCGGCAUCGAGUUCACACACAGCCGGCCUCAUCUCAGUACCGUUUCCAAGGACCGGUGGGCGGACUGGAGUCUGCAGCCGGUCCCUUCGGGUGGCGGGGCGGCGACAUUGGAGCUCGUCAGAGAGUCGGACAACAGCUUGUGGAUCUAUCUGGUGGAAGGCAUUCAAAAGUCUCCCCUCCGCGAGGUGACCUGGGUCUUUGAGGAGCAGGAUGUGAAGGAUCUCUGGGUUGGACUUUAUGCCGCCAGGCCUAGCAAAGAGGGGGGUGAGCUAGACGUGAACUUCGGCCAUCUGAUUGUGGAUACGACCGACUGAAUAGACGAGAUGGCGAUGCCGACAUGAACCAUCAGAUACGACCAUGCUGUUUUGCCUCUUAUUAUUAUUAUCAUCAUCAUUUAGGGGGGUGGAGGAAGAGGAACCCACGUUGGACAAAGCUAUGGUAGACCUGCUGCUUGGAACGGUGCAUGUUGAUAGCGAGAAAAUCGGGACAAAAUGAGGACACCGGACCUAGACAUUGCAAAGCUUCGAAGCCAC